AUGGCUUCCACUCUUCCCGCCUACAAAACCGCCUUUCUCGAGUCCUGUCUCUCCGCCAAUGUCCUGACAUUCGGCACCUUCACCCUCAAAUCGGGUCGCCACUCCCCAUACUUUUUUAACGCCGGGUCUUUUCACACCUCCGCUCUUCUUUCCUCCAUCUCCACCGCCUAUGCCCACACGAUCAUCUCUUUCCUUGCCGCCAAUCCCUCGAUUCCCAAACCUGAUGUGAUCUUUGGUCCCGCAUAUAAAGGAAUUCCUCUUGCUUGUGCAACAUUACUUGAACUCCACCGUCUGGACCCCGAGACCUGGGGGUCCGUGUCCUAUAGCUACAAUCGCAAGGAAGCCAAAGACCACGGGGAGGGUGGAAACAUUGUCGGUUCCUCGUUGAAGGGGAAGAAUGUACUAGUCAUUGACGAUGUGAUCACUGCGGGUACGGCUAUGCGGGAGACGCUAAGCCUCGUGUCCAAGGAAGGUGGAAAGGUUGUGGGAUUUGCAGUUGCGCUCGACCGGCUUGAGAAGAUGCCCGGACCCAAGGAGAAGGAGGGAAUAGAUGACGGGGAGCCUCGGAUGAGUGCUAUGGGACAGAUCAGACGUGAAUACGGCGUGCCUACGGCAAGCAUUGUCACGUUGGAUGAUUUGAUCAUGUUGAUGAAAGACAAGGGAGACGAAGAUGACCUCAAGAAAUUGGAGGCAUAUAGAAAAAGAUACCAGGCUAGUGAUUAG